AUGAUAUCAAUCGAAAAUUUAUAUAAUAUGCAUGAUUCAUUAAAAAAAAUAAAUGAAGAACAAAAAAGUAAUCUUGAAAACCAUUUUUAUAAUGCCCUCAAAAACACUUUAAAAACAUAUGAUAUAAAUAUUCAAACUCAACCUAUAGAAGCUCAUAAUUCAACAAUAAUAAAUAAAUGUAAAAAUAAUAUAUCAUUUCAUAUUAUGAUUACAAUUAUAGCAUUGUUAAUAAUAUCAAUUAUUACAUAUAUUUUGUAUAAGUACACACCCCUUAGUUCUGUUAUUAACCUUAUAAUAUUAAUGAAAAUAAAUAUGUGGAAUAAGGUAGAUGAAGAGAGGAAUAUAAUGCAAAGAUCUGAAUUAUUCGGCAAGAUAUCAAGAAAUAACGAACACAAUAUAUUUUAUAAUUCUCCUAAAUUUUAA